AGCAUUCAUUAAAAUUACAAAACAAAAAUAAUUGCAAGUGUUAAGAAAUGUAUAAAUUAAUUCUGAUUCUUGUUUUAAUUGGUUCAUAUGGAAAUUCAGCUUCAACUUCAUCUAGCUUUGCAAAUCAAAUACUAAUUGAAAAUGUAUCAUUCGUUAAAUUAGGGACAUAUAGAGGAUUUGCACCAGAUGGAAGUGAAUAUCAAAAAUCAUAUUUCUAUCCAAAAUAUUCAUUGACAGCUCCGUUUCUAGAGUCCAGAGCGAUUUGCAAAUCAUACGACUUUGAGUUGGCAACAUUAGAGACGCAUGCGGAAGCACAGGCAAUUAUUAAAUUAGCUCAAAACCUUGGCAGUGAAUAUUUUUAUGUUGAUGCCAUUGCUCUUACACUAAAAUCACCAACUGACUGGUAUUGGACUAAAUCAGGGAAAAAACUUUCAUUCGCUUUACCUUGGGGUGCAGGAGAACCGAAUAAUUACAAUAACUUGAAUGAGACUUGUCUAGCAUUGUCGUCAAUUGGAUUUGUUGAUUUACGAUGCACUUUAUCUCGUCUAUUUGUUUGUCAAAAAAUCGAGUUUAUGAUUCCAAAUGUAUUGUAAAAUUAAUCUCAAUUAUUCAAAUGUUUUAUUGUCAAUAUCUCCUUUCCCGAAUCAGACCAGAAAUUAUUCAAUAAAAUAAUACCAAGAGGAAUUUAUAAUACCAAGUCACUGUUCUGGUUGAUGUGCGUAAAAAAUAAAAUUAUUUUGUGAAAAACUUAUAAAUUUAUUUAAUUUUAUAUU